CAAGUCAACCAUCUUCGCAAGAAGAACACAGCCAACAGAGCAAAGUUAACAAAAACCGUUUUCGUGUGUGCCAAAAUCCCAAACAAGUGACAACACAAAAUGAAGGCCUUUACGUCAAUUGCGCUGCUCGUGUGCCUGGCUGCCUGGACCCAUGCGGAACCGCCAGUGCCCCAGAACCAGUACCUGCCGCCCAACCAGUCGCCCCAGGCGCCCUCCAACAACUAUCUGCCGCCCACGCAGGGCUUCCAGUCGCCGUCGAACAACUAUCUGCCUCCCCAGCGCACCGGCGGCGGCGGUGGAGCGCCCAGCAACAGCUACGGAGCCCCCAUUGCCCCACCCCAGGGACAGUAUGGUGCUCCGGCGCUGACCGGUGCCAUCUUCAAGGGCGGAAACGGAAAUGGCAACGGCAACGGCGGCUAUGGCGGCGGCAAUGGCAACGGCAACGGCUAUGGACAGCGGGAUGAGGAGCAGUACGGUCCGGCCAAGUAUGAGUUCAAAUACGACGUGCAGGACUACGAGUCGGGCAAUGAUUUCGGCCACAUGGAGUCCCGGGAUGGCGAUCUGGCCGUGGGCCGCUACUACGUCCUGCUGCCCGAUGGUCGCAAGCAGAUUGUUGAGUACGAGGCCGAUCAGAACGGAUACCGCCCAACUAUCCGGUACGAGCAGGUUGGCAAUGGCAACGGAAACGGAAAUGGCAACGGCAAUGGACGCAAUGGCGGCGGUUACGAUAGCAACGCGCAGCAGGGCAAGUUCAACGGCUAUUAAGCGGUGAUGUGGGAAUGUGGAUUCCCGAUUUAGGUCGACCCCGCAACUAUACUCGUCUACUUCAUGGGACCGCUGGCCGAGUAUUAAACGCCCAUCCAGCCAGAGAGCCAGCGAUCGCAGUCAGUCUAUCCCUAUCUCUAUGAAUACCUUUAGUGGAACGGCCGCCAUUUUGCCAUAGACAGGCGCGUUCCUUUCCGUUUCCGUUUCACUACCGCUCGUUCCCCCCAUGUUUCCUGUCUCUACGCCUGGAACUCCUUGCCGUUUUGUUUUGUUUAAGCGCCUUCAUUUUGUGUUAGUCUACGCACACACACACACCACUCACACACACCAUGACCAUUACGCAUUCAUACAUACAUGCAUAAGGAUUGUAUUUAGUUUUUAAACGAAAAUGGAAAUUCGAAAGUGAAACGAACUUAUGAGAUUUUUGUGUAUAUUUAAUAAUUAUUAAAUGAAUAAAGAAGCAUUUUUGUAUAA